UUCUAACCCCACCAUCUCCAGCAUCGCCUCCGCGUAUAUAAGAGACCCUCUCUCCCCUCCUAAAAACCACAAACAUCUUCUUCCACUCUUCAUCAACGCACACAGACGUUUGCAAAUCAUCUCUAGUCUAGUACAGACUUCGUUGCCAUCAUGCGUUUCUUCGCCACCGCCAUCAUCUCCCUCGCGGCACUCUCAUCCCGCGUUGCGGCAGCUAGCUGCGACACGCCCGGCGAAUACAUCUGCGGGCAGGCGCUCGAAGAUAUCUGGAUCUGCAGCCCGGAUAAGGAGUUGGUUCAGAGCGCUAUCUGUGGGGGGAAUGGGUGCUGCACUUAUGUCAAUGGGGUGCAUUGCAAGUGCUAGACCAAGGUACUGGGGCUGUUGGGACGGGGUAGUUGAGGUGAGUUUAUUGAUGUUUGUUAUGCUGGGUAAAGGUGAGGUUUGUGAGGUUUUUUGUUGACUUUUGAAGAGAUUUAGAGGUGGAUUGUGGAUGGAUGGUGAGAGAGUUUGGGAGGUCGUUUGGGGAAGUCGAAUGAAGGGUUAGUGGGGGGGGAUGGUGAAGGUACUACGACGAUAUGCAGUCAUACUUCAACCUAUCGGCGAACAGAUGACAGUUUUUUCUGGCUACAGGGUUUUUAGUGCUUGAUUGUUUUGAUCACUGUGGUCUCGAAUUCAUAAAAUGAAUGGUACGAGUCGCUACGAUGUCGAUAUCCAAAGCACUAAUCAAUCGACGCACAAGAAGAUUUAUCUCCUAGACCAAAACAUAUUAUUGCGUAUAUUAUGUUUGCGUUACCUUGAUGUAGUCAUGUAGCUACAAAUGAGGUACUUUGAAGUAUCAUUGCAAUUCAGGUUUCCAAGUGGUUUUGUCGCCUGUAAUUUGCUGAACUCGUCAAAUUUACUAACGAUUCUAGCCCCACGCCAUGAUCCCGGGAGAUCAGUAACAGGACGCCCCUACUUGUCACCAGACAAUAAUAUUCCCACUGCUAUACUGGCACAAAAAUUC